CUGCUUUCUACUUCAAGCGAAGGCAAUGGCCGACUUGGAAAAGUGGCUGUCGCUAGCUUUUUGCAGAGAUGCUCGCAGGUAAUAAAUGAUUUUGUUCGUGAUUGGAAUGGGACUGGUGACCUACGACUCCCGCAUGGAAGAAUAGCUGAAAUCACUUCUGCGCUACAGGCAAUGGACUCGCUUAUUGGACGCCUUGCUAGCUUGAGAACCGACACAGUCAGAGCUGUACUCACAGCUAGUGUCUCUAUAUCCCAGCGUUGUGAACGUUUCACCCUGCACACGUUCAGAUCCAGGGCUGGAAACUCAGUUGAUCGCUACCUUCAAAUCAUAUCAGACCUUGUUUCUACUGGGGGUAGUUCCUAAUC